AUGGAGUGCAAAUUAUCAGUUAGAGAAUUUUACAAAGGCAAAAGCGUUCUUGUGACCGGGGGCUGUGGGUUCAUGGGCAAGGUGCUGGCUGAGAAGUUGUUGUACACUGUCCCGGACAUUGGGCGGGUCUACUUGUUGAUGAGACCGAAGAGGGGCAAGUCUGUCCAGGAGCGGCUGGACCAUAUGCUUACUUCACCGAUGUUUGAAAGACUUCGAAGAGAGCAAAAAGAAGCUUUCGAGAAAAUGGUACCAAUACAAGGCGAUGUUCUCGAAGACGACUUAGGAAUAUCCAGUGAAGACAUGAAGAUUAUUUUGGAGGAAGUGUCUAUAGUGUUCCACAUGGCGGCCAUUUUAAAUAUGAACGCUCCGCUUAAAGAUAGUGUGGCUUUGAAUACAGCUGGGACCCAGCGCACCCUCGCCUUUGCCAGGAGGCUCAAGCAUCUGGUGAUGUUUCUACAUGUAUCGACAGCUUUCUGUUAUCCUGACUAUAAAGUUUUGGAAGAAAAGUUCCACGAUCCACCUGUGGACCCCCGUGAGGUCAUGCGUAUGUGUGAGUGGUUAGAUGACAAGCAACUGUCCCUCCUCACGCCGUCCCUGCUGGGUACACACCCCAACACAUACACGUACACGAAGCGGCUAGCGGAGAGCUUGGUCCACGAUGCCCAUCCGGGUAUACCCUGUGCUAUUGCUAGACCCUCGAUAGUGUGCCCCGCAUACCUCGAUCCCAUGCCCGGCUGGGUGGACAAUCUUAACGGACCCGCGGGCCUGCUUCUGGGCGCCAGCAAGGGGGUCAUCCGGACCAUGCUCUGUGACGGCAGUAUGUAUGCGCAGGUCAUACCCGUGGAUGUUGCCAUCAACGCCAUUAUAGCAAUUGCGAUGAUUGAGGCGACAAAGAAAUCUGAAAACAUACCUAUCUACAACGUGAAUGCGGGACACAAGAAACCAAUAACAUGGGGUGAAGUUCUCAAAUUUGGAAGAGAAUAUACCUGGAAAUAUCCGACAUCUUUUCCCUUGUGGUACCCCAACGGAGACAUCACUACGAAUGCUGUGGUAUAUAAAAUCAGACGGAUUCUUUUCCAUUGGGUCCCGGCGUAUAUUAUUGAUUUUUUUCUUUUUAUCUUUGGACAGAAACCAUUCAUGGUAAGGGUACAAGACAAAAUCUCAAGAGGAUUGGAGCUGUUGCAAUACUUUACUCUACGUGAAUGGCAUUUUCCCUGCCCGAACUUCGACGCUAUCCAUACAAUAUUAUCUGAAGAAGACGACCAAUUGUACAUAACGCACAAAGAGCCAGAGGAGUUUGAUUUACGCGAAUAUUUAUACAAGGGAAUGGACACGGGACGUGUUAUCAUAAUGAAAGAAGAUCUUACAAGAAUAUCAUUUAACAGAAUGUAUUUCAAGUUCCUGUUCGUGUUGGAUACUAUAGUGAAGAUAGUGUUCUGGUGUUUCGUGUUAUCUUUCACGGUGUCCUGGUGCCAACCAUUGCGUGAUUUUCUAGCCCUCGGUGAGCCGUUAGUCAAGCAUGUACCAUUUUUAGGUUCGGCAGUAUUUAAUAAAUAA